AUGGCGGCAUUCAGGACGACGAUUGCCCACGGUGACCACGACCACAUUGAGGAAGGCGAGGGAGCCUCGAACGAAGCCAUCGACAGCGUCCUGUGGGCACACAUCUUGAUCCAGAGCUUGGCAUGGGGUGUCCUCUUUCCGACCGGCAUGGUUCUUGGACUGGUGCGGAACAGAUGGCAUGUCCCGAUGCAGACCGUAGCAUCGGUGCUGGCGAUUGUCGGCUAUUUUCUUGGGCAUGCGCAUAAGGGACGGCAAUUCGCGGCAAAUGUACAUUCUAGCUUUGCAACUUGGCUUAUGUUGAUGCUCAUUACGCAAGUUGUUCUAGGCGUGUACCUGAAACUACACUUAGAGAAGGGAUUUUUGGGCAGGAUCCGGAAGUGGCAGGUCAGAGCACACGGCGUGCUUGGUGCGUUGAUACCGGUGGCUGCCUGGGUGCAGAUGCUACUUGGCGGAAUUGCUUCGCAGGGCUUCUGCCGCGGGGACCAUCUCGGACAGUGUCUGGCGCAUUUUAUUAUGGGCUCGGCAUUCGUCGCAUACGGCAUCAUUCUGACCAUCCUCCUCCUCUGCGGACAAGGUUGGCUUGCACGGAGCGGACGUAGCCAAGAAUUCUACGACAGCAUCAUCAUCACAAUCUGGGGCUUCAUCAACACGUUCACGGAGCACAGAUGGGGCGGACCUUGGGUAGCAAACGAUCUGCAGCACACCAGCAUGGGCAUCAUCUGGUGGGCGGCAGGCUUGGUUGGCAUAUGGCUGUCGCGCGACCGUGCUGGUAGACCCAAGCGGAAUCUGGUGCCCGCAAUCGUCAUUCUCAUGACUGGCUGGGCAAUGAGCGCACAUCCACAAGACCUUGAAGUGUCCACCAAAAUCCACACCGUCUUCGGCUACACCCUGAUGGCAGCAGGCCUUGCGCGCAUGGUGGAGAUCAGUUUUGUCCUCAAGGACAAGCUUGCGCCCGACCAGACCGCCGAUAUUGAUUCUGAGAUCAACAGCUUCCAGUAUUUGCCACCAUUCCUGCUCUAUGCCAGCGGCUUCCUCUUCAUGGGCGCCACGGAGGAACAGAUGGAGAUUCUGCAUGAACACCACGUGACGCACGUCAGCUAUGUUCUCAUCUUAUACAGCAUAUCCUUUCUGAUGUUUCUCUUCGUUCUCAUGCUCCUACAUUUGUACAGCGCCGGCAAAGAAGCCGGUGGCACGCACAUCUUGCCAACCAUCAAGCCGAGCAACGACGAGCCUUCCGGAUUAAACGGCCGUCCAAGAGUGCCGAAUGCGGCUGAUCGGCAAGCGAGGGACGCACAGGAGUUUGAGCUUGAAGGACUUAUAAAUGACGAGGAGGAGAUAGGGAAGGGUCAGCCUAAUGUGCCCGUACAUUAGAAUGACCAUGGUGCUAGAAUAUGUAAGGCUUAAUCUAUGUUACCAUGACCCUCGCAUGCCUGGCCC